AUGGCCCCAAAUAGGAUUACCGAGCUAGCAUCCAUAAUCUCACUCAACACAGCAAAGGUAGACGGGUACCUAGAAAAGCACAAUAAACCCACCCCAUCUUUCAACAUCAACGCCCCCUUGGACCUCGGAAUCCCACCCGAAGCCCCAGAAAUCGAGGCCACUCGUAAAAAAGCCCUCGCAGCAUCCAUCGAGCUACAAGAUUUACUUCAAGGACCAACUGCAUGCUCAAGACCAGUUCUCAAUGGAACAUCGCUGAAUGCGAUAUAUACAUAUGAUAUUGCGUCUAAAGUCCCUCUUGAUGGGAAAAUCUCAUUCCAGGAUCUAGCUAAGCGAUGUGGAUUUAGAGAGCUGGAAUUGAGACGCGUUUUGCGCUUUGCGAUGUGUUGGCACCGUGUGUUUUGCGAGCCGGAACGUGGGUAUGUUGCGCAUACUGCGGCGAGUGGGCAGUUGAUGGAGGAUCAGAGGGCGAUGGAUAUGGCUGGACUUAUGUUUGAUGAGGGAUGGCAGAGUAUGGCUAGAGUAUGUAAUCUACAAUAGGUGUGCAGUUUCACAGAUGGGAAUGACUGACGGUGUGUAGACUGUGGAGGCGCUCCAAAAGUUCAAAGGCUCGGAACCCAAUGAAACGGUAUUUUUUAGUCAAGCUCUGAUUUUCAGGCUAUUGCUGAUCAGAAUAAGGACACGCACUCGCCCAUAAUACCAACGACAACAUGUUCGACUGGCUCGGAAAGAAUCCUGAAAAAGCCCGUCGAUUUACAAGCGCCAUCAGCACUUUAGUGCCUUCAGGUCAAGCUGCCGCCUUUCUAACCAAAGCAUUCGACUGGAGCUCUCUUUGCAAGAGUACAGUCGUUGACGUCGGAGGCUCAACAGGUGGCGUGAGAAUUCUGCUAGCACAGGAAUUCGAAAAUCUCAAUUUCAUCGUUCAAGAUUUGCCAGAAGCGAUUGAUGGGGCAGAGAAAAACGUCCCACAGAACCUGAGAUCUAGGAUCGAGUUUAUGGCCCACGAUUUCUUCAUGGAUCAGCCAGUGGUUGCGGAAACUUAUCUCCUUCGAGCCAUUUUCCACAACUGGCCGGACCGCUAUUGCGUCCAGAUCCUCCAAAGACUCAUCCCUGCUCUGAAGAAUGGUUCGAAGAUAGUAAUCAACGAUAGUUUGGUACCCGAGCCCGGGACCUUGGAUUUACUAGCAGAGAGAAAUAUCAGGUUCGUUUGAUGACCAUGUCGUAAUGUUGCGGAAGUACAAAAUACUGAUAGAAUUAGGGCGUAUGAUAUGUUGAUGAUGACCUUGUUCAAUUCUAGAGAGCGAGAGAACGAAGAUUGUAUCGAGCUGUUCAAAGAAGCUGAUGAACGGUUUUGUUUUCUUGAUGCGAAGAAACCAACAGUUGGAACGAUGGGAGUGAUUAUUGCAGUGUGGAGAGAAGAGCAAGAACUGAAGGAGGUUGUGUAGUAUAUAUACGCAGAAUUGGAAUACAAGCCCACGUCGCAG